UUCAUGUAUUUGUUGUGAUCAAUAGGAUGGUAGAGAGGAAGGGAAAAUCUUAGCGUACUGACAAAUAAAAAUAUAUUGUUUGUAAAAAUAUACUUUUUAUACUCUACAUAAUCAUCUUCAUAUAAGAUUUUCAUUGAAUUGUAUUCUGUAAUAUAGUAAACAAGCAUAAUGACCAUAUGGACUUUUUUUUUUUUGCAUUUAAAAAUAAAUCAGUAGAAUGACAAUGGGUCACCCUCAAGACUUGUUACUAAGUGCUUUUUGGUAAAAGGUACAGGAAAAUGAUGUACAUAGAAAGUAGAAUGCUUUCAUUGUUCAGGUAAAAAACUUUGUGGUGUUUUAAUGUAUUGGACCAAAAUGGCUUUGAUACGGCUUUUGUAAGAUCAUUGUCUUAAAAUGUAAAUACAGAAAUUAUAUAACUGAUAUGUCUGGUGUUUAAUCAUGAGAUUAGGAUACUCCUAAUGGAUAUGCUCAUGGACUAGGAUACUAUUCAGCUGUACUGGGGAGAUAGAUACAAAUGAAUGAGCUUGGUUUACAAAAAGUCUUGUUAGCUUGGCAAUUCGCCCAAGAUUAUUUAUUAUUGUUACUAUUGCUGUUAUUACCAAUGUCAGUAAUUCAUUAUAUGGGCUUACAUCACAUUUAAGCAGCAUGGCCAAAUACUGCCAAAGUGCAGCCUUGCUUCUAGCACACCCAGCCAUUUGUUCCUGACAUGCCCUUCAUGCCAACACCAGGACCCAUCUGAUGCUGUAUUGAGCCACUUUGGGCAGUUAAACCCCAAAAAACUGAUGCCAGAAAAUGUGACUAAGGUUCAGACAGUUGGGUCCCGUGACCUUCACAUGUAAAUAAAACCAUCUGUACAUAGGUAUUUUAAAACAUUAUCAACACACAACCAAAACAAACAAAACCAACCAAAUAAAAACACAAAACCAAUCUGAAAGGUCUGCAAAUAAAAAACUUCUUUCUCUGUUGUGAUCAAUAGGCUGAAGAAGGGGAAAAUCUGACGAACUUUACAGUUGUUUAUAAAGAAAAUCAAAGCUUGUAUCUUGUAUUCUACAUAUCUCUGUAAUUUACAAAAAUGUGAGAAUGAAGGUUAGUAUUUGGCAGCAGAAACUUUUAUUUCUUCUUUAAUAGUCAGGAACUGACUAUUAUGCCUGUGGAGCUCUGCUCAGCUGUUCUUCUGCCUGUGGAGCUCUGCUCAGCUAAGUUUGUAGCUUCCUGUUUAAAUAAUUCCCACGUGACACUUCAGAGUCAGACUCUCCGCAGACCAGAAACAGUGGGCUAACCAAAGAAGGGCCACUUCUUAAAUUCUGAACAAAUCUGCAGUGAAGAGACCGACUGGCUCCUUGAGCUUCAAAAACGGGAUCGCAUCUUGCUUGUUUCCAGCUGCCCCUCGUUUGCACGAACGCCUUUUCUGUUCCCGGUGGCCUCAGCAGGCGAGAGGCAGGGGCGGCAGGGAGGCAGCAGGACCGGGCGCCGCUCCGUGCCGAGCCCGCCUCGCAGCCCCGCCACCGCCGUCACCGCCCCGCGGCUCCGGUCACACCCCCCCGAGGGCUGCCAAAACCCGGGCUCCCAAACCGCGAUUGGCGGAUCCGCCCCCGCCUGCUCGGGGCUGCCAUGGGCGAGCAGGCGGCGGAGCCCCGGCGGCCCGGGGUCGGCGUGGGGGUGGUGGUCACCAGCGCCGCGCACCCCGGCUGCGUCCUGCUGGGCAAGCGGAAAGGUGCGCUGGGCGCCGGCACCUACCAGCUCCCCGGAGGGCACCUGGAGUUCGGGGAGAGCCUGGCGGAGUGCGCGGCGCGGGAGACGCUGGAGGAGGCGGCGCUGCCGCUGCGCCACGUGCGCUUCGCGUCGGCCGUGAACGCGGUGUGCGCGUCCCGGCGCUACCACUAUGUCACCGUGCUCAUGAAGGGCGAGGCCGAGCCCGGCGCCGAGCCGCGCAACCUGGAGCCCGACAAGAACGAGGGCUGGGAAUGGGUCAAAUGGAAUGAAUUUCCUCCAGCAGAUCAACUGUUCUGGGCCUUGCGCUGUUUAAGAGAGCAAGGUUACAAUCCCUUUACAGAAGAGCUCGAUCAUCUAAAGGGGUACACGGGAAGUCACCAGUUAGAGUAAAAACAAAUUGUACCUUACAUGACAAACUAAAGGACGGACCUGCUUUUUUUGGUAUAGAAGAAAAAAAAGAUAUGAAGUGCUCACCCUGCCCAUGUGAAAAUAUUACCUUUCCCAAAGAA